AUGGCCCCACGUUCAUACUCCAAGACCUACAAGGUCCCACGUCGUCCCUUCGAGAGUGCUCGUUUGGACUCCGAAUUGAAGAUUGUCGGAGAGUAUGGUCUCCGCAACAAGCGUGAGGUCUGGCGUGUACAGUUGACUCUCUCCAAGAUUCGUCGUGCUGCCCGUCAAUUGCUCACCCUUGACGAGAAGGACCCAAAGAGACUUUUCGAAGGUAACGCCCUCAUUCGUCGUCUCGUCCGUGUCGGUGUCCUCGACGAGUCCCGCAUGAAGCUCGAUUACGUUUUGGCCUUGAAGAUUGAGGAUUUCAUGGAGCGUCGUCUUCAAACCUGUGUCUACAAGCUCGGUCUUGCCAAGUCCAUCCACCACGCUCGUGUCCUCAUCCGCCAGAGACACAUCCGUGUUGGUAAGCAAAUCGUCAACGUUCCAUCCUUCGUUGUCCGUCUCGACUCCCAAAAGCACAUCGACUUCGCAUUGAGCUCGCCAUUCGGAGGUGGACGCCCAGGUCGUGUCCGCAGAAAGAAGGCCAAGGCUUCCGAGAAGAAGGAUGAUGAUGCCGAGGAAGAGGAUGAGGAAUAG